AUGGCAGAUGCUUUGAGCCCAAAUCACGUCCUAGAGCUUGCUGCGACCGCCCUCCGUCAGGAUGAAGGCUCGUCCUCGAGCCUGAAAACCCCCUACGAGGCAGUCGCGGUGAUCGGCCACGCCUGUAUGACAGCCGUGGGCUUUCGACUCGUCGGACUGGGAGAGGACCACAAUCUCGAGCACUCCGACAGCCCCCGUCUUCCUUCGGAAUGGAACGCAAGCACCAGCUUUGCCUUCCGCUACGCACACUCACAAUCCUCGAUGCAAUACCUCCUGAAAAUCAGCCGACUGGGCAGCAAAGCCGUGGUGCUCGCACUGGCUCUGGGCGACGACAAGACGACCUCGUUCGACCUCCCUGUCCAAGACUACAUCUCCGAAUCCGCUCUUUCCCUGUCCUCCUCCGCUGCCGACCUGCCGACCGCCCUCCAAGAGACGUUCAUCUCACCUGCGCGCGUGCAAGACCUGAUCAACCUGUUCAAGAUCAACGUCAUUCAGAAACUAGCCCCGGGGCUGUACAAAGAGGGAUACGAGGAUACCCGGACCACGAGAGAGGUACAACAGCAGCAGCCGGAGCGUCCCCCGCGCCAUGAUCCUCUCCGAGACGACUCGCUUCCCCAACCGGCUCGCCCGUAUCCCUUUGACGACCCCCUGGCGGCGCCUCCCCGCCGACCCGUCCCCGCCGGAGACUUCCCUCCCCCGGGCUUCGAAGACGAGUUUGAGAUGCAGAGACCCCCGCGCGGAUAUCCCGGGAUGGGCGGCCGCAACCCGCUGAGCAUCGGCGAGCGUGAUCUCUACCCAGCCGGGCUGGGUCCUCAUGAUCCCAUCUAUGGUGGUAUCGGACCUGGGUUAGGCGGCGGCGGUGGGGGUGGGAUGCAUCCAACCUUCGAUGAUCCUUUGUUUGCAGGACCCCGCGGGGGCGGCGGAAGAGGGAGAGGAGGAUACGAUCCACAGGCUCCCCCAGGCUCACGGUAUGAUCCUGUUGGGCCUGGGGAUGGCGCACGGUAUGGACAGGGGCGGGGGCCCUUUGGCGGCGGCGGAGGAUUUGGCGGGUUUGGCGGUGACAUCAUCUAAACCACACUUCGGCCCAAUGGCUUGAUGACGAAAAUUGCUCCACGAGGGGGAAUGUUAUGAAUGAAUGAUUUUGUAUGCAUGAAUAUCUAAUUGUAUCUACUUAAUGGGUCGGCUUUUUGAUAGGUAAUUGGUUCAUCACUCAGUCUAAGUUGCUGAUGCUAAUUAUGCUGUUGGUGCUGAAUUGUCU